AUCGUCCCACGCAUGUUUCUGACUGGACUCGAGUGUACGCGCAGCAUUGAGAUGGUGUCUCAGGGCAUUCAGAUGAUCGGCAUCUCCCUGGCCAUGAUCGGCUGGCUCCUGGUCAUCAUCGUGUGCGCCCUCCCCAUGUGGAAGGUGACGGCGUUCAUCGGAGCCAACAUCAUCACGGCUCAGACCAUCUGGCAGGGCCUGUGGAUGAACUGCGUGGUGCAGAGCACGGGCCAGAUGCAGUGCAAGGUCUAUGAUUCCAUGCUGGCCCUGGCGCAGGACCUGCAGGCCGCCCGGGCAAUGAUCAUCAUCUCCAUCCUCACUGGGAUCUUUGGGGUCAUCCUGUCCGUCGCGGGUGGGAAGUGCACCAACUGCAUCGAGGAGGAACGAGCCAAGGCCAGGACAAGCAUCCUUGCUGGCGCGUUGUUCAUCAUCUCCGGAUUGCUGUGUCUCAUUCCCGUCUCCUGGUCGGCACACACCAUCAUCACCAACUUUUACAAUCCCUUGGUGAUCGCCGCCCAGCGGUAUGAUUUCUUCACCAUGGGGAGGAUUGGCAAGGAGACAGCAGGUCAGAUCAUCAGCUUCAUCGGGCUGGUGGGUGUGGCGGUGACCUGCGGCAUCCCCAUGUGGAGGGUGACCUCCUUCAUUGGCGCCAACAUUGUGACGGGCCAGAUCGUUUGGGACGGCCUGUGGAUGAACUGCGUGAUGCAGAGCACCGGGCAGAUGCAGUGCAGGCUGAACGAGUCGGUGAUGAGGCUGACACCGGAUCUGCAGGCCGCCCGAGCCCUGGUCAUCAUCUCCCUCGUCUUUGGCUUCAUCGGAUUCAUGAUCACCUUCAUUGGCGCUAAAUGCACCAGCUGCCUGCAGAAGGACGCGUCCAAGGCCAAGGUUGUGAUCAUAGGCGGCUGCCUCCUCAUCCUUGCCGCAGUCCUGGUUCUGAUUCCCGUCACCUGGUCAGCUACAAUCACCAUCACUGACUUCCAGAACCCCUCGACCAUCGACACACAAAGGAGGGAAAUCGGAGCUGCCAUCUACAUUGGCUGGGGCUCUGCCGCAAUUCUACUUGUCGGCGGGAUCAUCCUCACCACCUCCUGCCCUCCUCAGAGGCCCUUGUAUGGAUACCCCGGUUACCAACCAGCACCCGUAUACCCUUACACAAACGGGUCUACAUACGCCCCUGUUUACGCUCCAGCCUCCAGUCAGCCAUACACGGCAAGCGGCUCAUACGCUCCGACAAAGCCGUACGCGGCGCCGACCACAUAUCCGGCUCGACAGUACAUUUAAAGCCACAGAGAGACUGCAGACUGGAUGCUUCUAGUCCUGGAUAGACUGACAUGUAAUUCUGUACAGAAGAUGGUAUGUAUUCCACAGUCAGUUCUUUAUUGUGGGCGGAGGCUUGCUUUGGACCUGAUUGGUGUUCCAAAAGCUGAUAUUGUCUGCAAGUCGUCAUGUCAACAAGCCUAUUUGCACUGCAGUUGUGUAAUUAUUGUUGUGUAAUUGUGUCCAUAUCCUUGUUAUAAAAUGUGACAUUUUUUGUACUUAUAAUGUGUUGCCUUUGUGUAAAUACAGAGAACAUUUUAAUAAAAUAUCUGAGUUAACAUCAGACCUUUUUGCGACGU